AUGGAGCGGGACGCGGGGGUCAAGCUGCUGUUGCUUCUGCUGUGGGCGACGCACUGCGAACGGGCAGGAGCGGGUGGGCCGAGCGGCUACACGUCGGUCAUCGAGGUGACCAACGGGGGCCCCUGGGGCGACUGGGCCUGGCCCGAGAUGUGUCCGGACGGAUUCUUCGCCAGCGGAUUUUCGCUCAAGGUGGAGCCCCCCCAAGGCAUUCCUGGGGACGACACGGCUCUGAAUGGAAUCCGACUGCACUGCGCGCGGGGGAACGCGGAGCGCAACACGCACGUGGUGGGGCGCGUGGAGUGA